AUGGCGGACGAGUUUGUUUAUCUGGAAAAUUUGAAGGACCAGGAAAAGGUCGAUGAAUAUGAAAUUCUACAUCGUUUAAAAUUUAAUAACGACAUUCUUUCACACCUGAACGACCAACGAAAAAAUGGAGUACUCUGUGAUAUGACUCUAGUUGUUGACAAGCACGAAUUCAACGCCCACAAAUGUAUGCUGGUUGCUUGCAGUCCUUACUUCGAAUCACUUUUACGUUGCAACUGGAGGGAGGCCCAGACCGGUAAGGUUGAGCUCGAGUGUACUUCAGUUGAAGGUAUGGAGGCCAUAUUGAAUUACAUGUAUACUGGAGUUAUCACACUUUCCAUGGAUACCGUAGAGGAUAUAAUAAGAGGUGCUGACCACCUAUUAUUAACAACACUGAAGCGCAAGUGUGAGAAUUUUGUCAUUGAUCGUCUGGAUGCACGUACUUGUCUGUGGGCACUGCAAAUAUUACAGCCGUACUUUGGUGAGAAAGAUUUUCCAUGUCUCAGAGUCAAAUCACUACGAGUUUUGGCGUAUCGUUUUUCCGAAGUUUUACAAGACAAAGAAUGUGAGCCACUGUUGAUGCAACUUUCUGCUAACUCGGUAUGUGAUAUAUUAGCACAUGCUAAUCUGGCUGUUAGGAAGGAGGAAGAUUUGUUUGAGUUUCUUUUAAAAUGGGUCAAUCAUGCUCGAAAGGAACGGGAAAAGGAUUUCUCCAGAUUGUUCUGUAAGCUACACCUUAGCCAGGUUGACACGCAGUACUUAACUGGCCGCAUACAGAAAGAAUCACUUGUUCAGCAUAACCACGAAAGUAGAAAGUAUGUCACAGAUGUGCUAAAUUUCACUUCGUCACCCGACACAAGCCCUGAUGUGGAAGUGUUCAAACCACGGCCAGCUAGAUUGGUAGAUGUAGUUGUUUGUUUAUGCCAAAGUAAUGGUGGACCAUUACUUGGAUAUUUGCUUGAAGAAAGGUACUGGAUAUACUUAUCGCAACUUGAAGUUGAUUGUGAUACAAUUUUUGAUGAACUUGCUGUAGGACUGGGAAAUCGACUGCUUUCAUUUUGUUCUGGUUGGGAUGUACCUGAUAGUGGUGACCAUGUAGUAAUUAAGGCGUUAUCAUAUAUGUAUGAUCCUUUGACAGACCACCAUGUCAAUUUACCUUCUAGUCCCAAAUAUCAUUAUACAUUCGGUAAAGCCCUGGUGUGUUGUGGAAAAGUAUAUUUAAUUGGAGGUGAAGCAAUUCAGGGUGUUGACGCACUUCACCGUAAUUCCUUUCAGUCUGGUUUGACUGUUGAAAUGUUGGACCCUGGUAGCACUAGCUGUUGGGUAGAGAAGCAGCCACUGCCGGAAGAGCCAGGUUGCAUACUACAUGCAGUGGCUACCAAAGAUAGAUAUAUCUACGUUGUAUGUUAUGGUUCUGGGUUGCUGAAGGUGUUACGACUUGAUACGGAAUGUGAUAUAUGGAGAUCUGUGUUUAGAAUUGAAGUUGCAAACCAGAAAGAAUGUAUUCCGUGUAUCGAGAUAAAAAAAGAAGACAGAAUUGAAGUGCAAGCAUUGAAUAACACAGCAGUUGUCAUUCCAUAUAAUACAAGUCAUGAUGUAUACACCAAAGAGUCUACAUUUCCACAAAUUCCAAUUCUGAGAAUAGGUGCUGGUGUAUGCAAUAUAAAAGGUGACAUAUUCGUUUGCGGUGGCCAUGAUAGUUCUGAGGAUAUGCUCGCUACUGACUCUGUCUGCAUGUUUGACUCUUCCUCUCAAUCUUGGGUAGACUUGCCUCAAAUGCCAGAAAAACAGAUUGUAACAACUUGUGCAUUGUUGCAGAUGCCUUAUUUUAGUUAG